AUGAACUAUUCAUACAAGGUUCGGGACGCCUGCGGUCCACGGUUCGAAAGAGCAAUUUUGACGGAAGGAAAUAAACGGCACUAUAAUUCAACACCGUUCAUUCUCACGUUUUGCGAGACAGUCAUAACAGAAUUUGACAUAAACGCCUUUAUAGAAUUGGGUCUAAAAAUAGUGAGAUUCAAAAUGACUGAUUUGUCAGAGGCAGAAAAAAUUAAGUUACUUUAUUUAUUGAAAAGGGCGGUUAAUUGGUGUUGUGAGAAAUACAACGUCUCGACCUGGCCAGUAACUCUGUCUGCUGAUGUUCCUAACGCUUGCAUUAAAACAGGAUCUUUAGAAGAUCAAAAAUGCAUGCCUAAAGGUAUGGAAAUAAGAGAGAAUUCCAUUGUGAGAAUUACAUCUGAUAAGGAAUUUAUAGACAAAUGUAACAGUGAGCAAAUUUAUGUUGACGACCCAUAUAUGUUGCCCUGUUUGGUUCCUGGGAUCGAAAUAACUAUUAACUUUGGAUCAAUAGUAAUGGUUGUUAUUGAAAAACUGGAUGAUAAGAAUGUUAAAUGCAGAGUCACGAGUGGUGGCUACAUGCAAAACUUUUGUUUUGUUUGCUUUCGGGGAUUGAUACAUAUAAAACCAGCGUUGAUUGAAAAAGAUUUGGAAGUUAUUGAAUUUGCAAAAACGCUUAAGUUCGACAUCAUAACAAUAAAUUCAGUACGGACUGCACUAACCGUGAAGCGAGUCAGAGAAAUGACAAAAGAAUACAAACCUUUGGUGUUGAGUGCUAUAUGUGAACAACAGGGCUUGGACAAUAUUGACAGCAUUGUCGAUGCCUCGGAUGGAAUUAUUCUGGCUGGGGAGUUCGUAUUUUUUGAAGUAAAAGACAAAUAUAAAAUAAUAACUAUACAGUUAUAUGUUAGUGCUAAAUGUAGACUGAAAGGCAAGCCGUUAUACUUAUCCGGAAAGAUUCUGCAAAGCGUACUGAGAACGGGAAAUGCAAAUAGAUGCGAUAUUAAUGAUAUAACUAAUGCAGUAUUGGAAAGCAGUGGGUUUGUGUUGCGGUCAUUCAAAGAUCCGGGCAAUAUGGUCAAAGCUUUACGGACCUUGAGCGACAUCUGUUUAAUAGUGGAACCUUUGACCCGGUACGACACAACGUUCAUGAGACUUGCGAUGGAGUACAAGAAGCCUGCGACAGCAGCUCAAGCCGCUGUUGUGUCAGCUGUGUUGUUAGCCAGAAUCACCCACUCUGCGGUCAUCAUCGUUCCGACUGUCACUGGCAGGACGGUUAGGCAAGUGGCCCAUAUGACUUCGGAUAAUAUCAUUAUUGCUAUCACUUCAAGUAUCAUAGUUGCCAAACAACUACAGCUAUUCAAAGGAGUCAUUGCUAUCGUUUAUGACAAAAAGCCACGCACUGGCUGGCAAAAUGAAAUGGAAGCUCGUUUGAAGUUCGCCGUUUCGUCUGGUUUGAAAUUUGAAGUUCUGAACUGUGGUAGCCCUUACGUGGUUCUUAGAAAAAGCUUACCAACCUCUUCUUAUUGUGACCAAGUCAGCACUCUCUCAGCUCUCUCUGAUACAGAUAUUGUGCGAUUAGAGGUCGAAAGAAGGAAGGAGGUCACUAAAAUACAAAAAGAGCUCAUCAGUGAAAAUAUCAAGUAAUUAUUCAGUAACCUAUUUGUAGAAUAUCAGGACA